AUGGCCAUGUCGAAGAUUGCUACCCUCGCGGGUCUUCUCGCCUCUGCUGGCCUCGUUGCAGGCCACGGAUACGUGACGAAGAUGACGAUCGAUGGAGAAGAAUAUGGUGGAUGGCUCGCUGAUAGCUAUUACUACAUGGACUCGCCGCCGGAUAACUACGGAUGGAGUACGACAGUGACCGACAAUGGCUUCGUCUCCCCCGAUGCCUUUGGUACCGACGACAUCACCUGCCACAGGGGCGCCACUCCUGGUGCUCUCUCUGCCCCGGUGACAGCCGGCAGCAAGAUCGAUAUCACUUGGAACACCUGGCCCGAAUCUCAUAAGGAUAAUCAAGGCCCCAUCAUCAACUACCUCGCCAAAUGCAACGGCGACUGCUCUUCAGCCGACAAGACCAGCCUCGAAUUCGUGAAGAUCCAGGCCGAAGCGAUUGUCGACGCUUCCACCAACACCUGGGUUACCGAUGAACUCAUUGAGAACUCCUUCACUACUUCCGUUACGAUCCCUGCCUCCAUCGCCCCAGGUAACUACGUCCUCCGACACGAGAUCAUCGCCCUCCACUCUGCAGGCCAGCAGAACGGUGCCCAAGCAUACCCUCAGUGCUUGAACCUGGUUGUCAGCGGCAGCGGUACUGACAACCCAUCUGGUACUCCUGGUACUCAGCUGUACUCUGCUAACGAUGAGGGCAUCGUCUUCGAUAUCUACUCGAACCCGACCUCGUACCCUAUGCCUGGUCCUGAGCUGUACAGUGGUUAG